AUGCCUCUUAACACACCAACAUCGAAUUUGGUCGAAGAAAAAGUCCGAAACCACAUCUUCAACACCGUAAACGACCACUGGGGAAUCAGGCAAUUCUCCAAAACCAACCUCCCCCUCCCCAUCUUCCACAUCCACUUCAUCGCCCACCCAAACGAGGACAACUCUGGUAGCGACGGGCAACAACCCACCAACCACUGGACCAUGUACCUCGAAACAUCACCAACUUCCUCGGUCCACAUUGACGUCGCUCCGGACGAUAACGAUCUUGUGAUGGUCAUGCUUGACACGGAACAGGUCAAUUACGAUGCCUACAACGUCUUUCACAAAUCGCUUCCUGUGGUUGGUGCUGGUGAAGGCUGUAGUUCACUCUGGGGAGACACUCAAGACGCCAUUGAUGGGCUUGGGAUGUAUUGGUCUUUUCCUCCUGGCACUGGCUCAUUUGCAAGAGAGAUUGCAUGGGGUUCUCUCUAG